AAAUGGAUUUCAGAAGUUGGAGAAGAUCAAGGACUCGAACAGGCAGAGUAGACAAUUGGAAGAGUUGACUGAUAAAAUGCGAGAAUGCAAGAGUCUUAUUAAAGAGUUUGACAGAGAAGUGAAGGCUGUGGAAAGCAGGAAUAAUUCAGUCACCAAUAAAAUGCUGAAUGAGAAAAAGCAGUCUAUGAUCAAAGAGUUGAACUCAUAUGUUGCUCUUAAGAAGCAAUAUGCAAGCAAUCUCGAAAACAAGCGUAUCGAUCUAUUUGAUGGACCUGCUGAAGGUUAUGGGGAAGAAAAUGUGUUGCUAGCUUCAAAUAUGACAAAUCAACAAUUGAUUGACAGUGGAAACAGGAUGAUGGAUGAGACUGAUGAAGCAAUUGAGAGGUCAAAAAAGGUAGUUCAAGAGACGGUGAACGUGGGAACGGAGACAGCAGCAGCUCUGAAGGCGCAGACGGAGCAAAUGAGCAGGAUAGUGAACGAGCUCGACUCGAUACACUUCUCGCUCAAAAAAGCCUCAAAACUGGUGAAGGAAUUAGGGAGACAAAUUGCAACUGAUAAGUGUAUAAUGGCCCUCCUCUUCCUCAUUGUCGUCGGUGUCGUUGCCAUUAUCAUUGUCAAGCUUGUGAAUCCAAACAACAAGGACAUUCGGGACAUUCCCGGGUUGGCACCGCCCGCCCAGAGCCGAAGACUGCUAUGGUAUUCGAGUUAAGAAGCGGAAACGGGAGCAUCGUCAUCCAUCUCAUCUCUUGAACUGAAACUCACUUCACUGCCCCAUUUGGCAAUUAGCUAACUUUGUGAUGAAUCAAAAUUGUUUGUUGUAGGCUGAAUGAAGGAAGGGUUCCUGCAUGUCCUGUCAUAUGUUGUUGAGAUUUUAUUAAUGUUUAUGUAUGUCUUGUUGUCUUGUCUUGUUUUUUUGUAUAAUAUGAUUUUGCUUUCAUGUU